CCCCCAGGUGUGCUGCUGCAGGAGGACCAUCUGGACGCGCUGUCCCUGCUCGGCCUGACGUCCCUGCCCAGCUUCGUGCUGCUGUUCGGGGCGGCCGUGGCGCUGGAGCUGGGCCCCUCGUGGCAGGGGGUGCUGCGCCCCGACGCCGCGCUCUGGGGCUGCGUCCUGCUCAGCUGCCUGGGCUCCGUCCUCUACAACCUGGCCACGUCCUGCCUCCUGUCCCUCACCUCCGCCCUCACGCUGCACCUCCUGGGCAGCCUCACCGUGGUGGGCAACCUGCUGCUGUCCCGCCUGCUGUUCGGCACGCGGCUGGGCGCGCUGGGCUACGCCGGCGUGGCGCUGACGCUGGCGGGGAUGGUGCUGUACCACCAGCCCCAGCUCCUGGCCGCGUGCUGGCCCCUGCGGGCGCCGCGGCGGCCCCCGCGCCACGAGUAGGGGUCUGAGGGCGGAGCGGGGGCGAGGGAGGCUCUGAGCGAGGGCAGGGGGCUGCGGAGCUCGGCUCAGCGAGCACGUGUGUGUGCUGAGGGGUGUCGUGCUGGGCACGCGUGUGUGCCAGUGUGUGUGACACUGCACGUGUGUGUGACUGUGCACGUGUCUGCCAGUGUGGGACACGCUGAGCGCAUGGGUUUGCCAGUGUGCCCACGUGGGUGCUGAGGUGCACAGUGCUGUGCACAUGGGUGUGACUGUGCACACGUGUGUGCCAGUGUGUAUGUGCCACUCUGCACGUGUGUGUGCCAGUGUGCCUGGCUCUGUGUGCCCACGGGAGUGCUGAGGUGCACAGUGCUGUGCACGUGUGUGCCCGUGUGUGGCCCUGUGCACGUGUGUUUGCUGGUUUGCACAGCUCUGUGCACACACCUGUGGCUGUUUGCACAGCUCUGUGAGCACGUGUUUGCCGGUGUGCACAUGUGUGUGCCAGUGUGUGUGACUCUGCACAUGUGUGUGCUGGUGUGCACAGCUCUGGACAUGCAUGUGCUGAUGUACACAGUGCUGUGCACAUGUGUGUGCCAGUGUGUGUGGUACUGUGCACAUGGGUGUGCUGGCAUGCACAGCUCUGUGCACACGUGUGUGCUGAGGUGUGUGGUACCAUGUACAUAGCGGGUGUCCCACUCUGCAUGGUUGCAUGUACAUGUGGUUUGCAUGGCUCUGUGCACACGUGUGCUGGGGUGCACAGUGCUGUGCACACGUGUUGGUGUGCAUGGCUCUGUGUACAUGUUUGUGGGUUUGCACAGCUCUGUGUGCACACACGUGUGCUGAGGUGCACGCUGCUGUGCACGGUGCUGUGCACACGUGUGUCAGUGUGCAUGGCUUUGUGUGCACAUGUGACAGUGUGCACAGAUCUGCGUGCACACACGUGUGCUGAGGUGCACGGUGCUCUGCACUGCACAUCCCUACUGAUGUGCAAGGCACUGUGCACGGGUGUGUGCUGGUGUGCACUGCUCUGUGAGCACACGUGUUGAUGUGCACACGUGUGUUGUGUGAAGGUUCUGCAUGUGCAGGCAGGUCUUGUGCACGUGUGUGUUGGUACAGACUGUACAUAUGUGAGUGUGUGCACAGCUCUGCAUGCGUGUGGCACGCGUGUGCUGCUGUGCACAGCUCGGGGGGGGGGUCAGGCAGGUACAGGUGUGCACACAGGCUCUGUGCAGGUACCUGUGUGUGUGUGUGUGUGUGUGUGUGUGUGUGUGUGUGCAGCUGUGUGCCCCAGCUCCACACGUGCGUCCCCGUGUGCACAUGCAGGCUGGGAAUGCUCAGGGACA